AUGAGAAGCUGUGGAUUCGGCGGGUUCAUAAAACUAAAUUCUUGUGUGAUUGUAUGCUGUCAUGUCUGGUGCGUACACAUGAACAUUUGUCAAUUGUCUCUACCUAGAAAAUCUAUACAAUUCUAUGCAUACGACAAAGCUUUAAAUGAAUUGUUUCCGGUCCCUUUUUUAACGAUUCAAGCACAAAAAAGAAUUGCAAAACUAACACGAACUCAAAACAUUGUUGAAAUAUGA